GCUGCUGCUGGAACUGCUGGAGCUGCUGUUUGACAAGUUCAACGCGGUGGCUGCGGCCCACAGUGUGGUGCUGGCCCACCUGCAGCAGAUCGUGGUGUCCCCCAACGGAGCCCAGGAGGGCAUCAAGCUCUAUGAGCAAGCCGACGUCUCUGCUAAGAUCCAGACCGUGCUCCAGGUUCUGUUGAUGGACUACCUGGAUGUGAAGAACACUAAAAGUGCUGCCGAGCCCUCUGCCCAGCUCACCUACGCCAGCACCGGCAGCGAGUUCGCAGCCUUCUUCGCCAAGAAGAAACCCCAACGUGCCAAGCAGUCCCUCUUCAAGUUUGAGUCGUCGUCUCACGCCAUCAGCAUGAGUGCCUACCUGAGGGAACAGAGGAGAGAGCUGUACAGCAAGAGUGGAGAACUACAAGGUGGUGCAGAUGAUAACCUGAUCGAAGGAGGAGAGAUGAAGUUUGUGUGUAAACCUGGAGCCAGGAACAUCACAGUGAUCUUCCAGCCUCUCCUCAGGUUCAUCAAUGAGACGGAGCAGAACAUGGGUCCACCGGGCCAGGCCAAGCAGUGCCAGCUCCGGACCUUCCUGACCUACUACAUCAACGACCUGUUCCUGCACCAGGUCAGAACAGAGAUCAACAAGGAGAUCCAGGCCGUCAGCAAGACAGCAGAUCCACUGAAAGUCCUGGCUAGUGCCGAUACUAUGAAGGUCCUGGCGGUGCAGAGGCCCCUGCUGCAG